GCCCCAUUGGUGCAAAAAGGUACCAUAUGACAUUUUGGUCAAAAAUGACAUUUUAGUAUAUUUCAUUAGGAUUUUGUAUAAUCUACAUUCUGUAAAAAUAUCUAAGCUGUAUCUUGUAAGGUUCCAAAGAUAUAGGAUUAUGUAAAAAGGUACCAAGUGAAAAAUGCAACAUUUGUUUGUGCAAAAAGGUACCAUAUGACACAUGGUACCUUGUUGCACCAAGGGUGUGUGGAAAAUUUAAAUAAAUAUCAGUGCAAAAAGGAACCAUAUGACACAUGGUACCUUGUUGCACCAAGGGUGUGUGGAAAAUUUAAAUAAAUAUCAGUGCAAAAAGGAACCAUAUGACACAUGGUACCUUUUUGCAGACAUGAAAUGAAUGUGUCCACAUUUUUUUUUAUAUCAAUAUGUUUAGUUGGUACCUUUUAGCACAACUAUGAAUACACUAUCCAGACCCAGGUAACAAUCAAUUGGUUUAUGUUGUUCCUUUUGCCUCAGCAAUGAAUACACAUUCCAGACACUGAUAACACUAUCAAACUAUCCUGUUACCCUAAGUUGUCUUGUUAUUAGCAGAUGAUAAUUAUGAGGGUGAAGUGUUUGCACCUUCAUUUGGUGAUUAUUAAAGUGAAGAGAGCAGACAAAUACUGAGAUUUUAUACAUAUGACUUUGUACACGUUAUUCAUAGAAGGAGAUGGAAAAUAAUAAAUAUAUAGAAGUCGAGGUUUGGUCCGAUGAAGAAGUUUAUCAUACAUUUACACAAGAGGAACUUUUUGGACCUGUGAUAGCAACGCAAACAAAAGACAAUGAUUCCGACACUACAGAUUCGGAAGAUAUUCCAUUAGCUGAUCUUGGUAGAAAAAAGAAGCAACCAGUUAAAAGGAAACUUAUCCAAAGUGAUAGCGAAUCAGAUCAUGAUGAUAGUGCUGAUGAUGAAAAUUAUGAUCCUAACAAAGAUGAGAUCAAUUCAACUGAUUCAGAAUUCAAUGUUAAGAAGGUGAAGACAAAAGAAAAGAGACGUGUGCUAAUGAACAAGCAAAGAGAAACUGCAUGGAAAAAGAAAACCAAGAAAUUGAAAAUUCGAAAGAAAAAUAAUAAAAGGAGAAUAAGUCAAAGUGUACUUGCCAAGAAAUUGAGAGAUAAAAUAAUAUUGUUGCAAAACAGACGAAAGGUAGCCAGUGUAGCGGUUAAUAGAGCACAGAAAAUCAGCCAACAUAAUUGCACAAUCCAGGCUAUGAUCAGAAAAGCCCAUACAGGACGACUUGACACACUUCUUGCUUGUAAUGAGCUGCGCAGGGUCAGUAUUAAUGGAGAUGGAAACUGUUUUUUCACGUCAUUGAAAACAAGUGGAAAAAUUGCUGAAAGUGCGUCUGAAAUCAGAUCAAUGUCUGUGACUUCAUGA